UGAUAGAGUAUAUAGACUCGGACCCCCGGGUCUCACGACUAUUGGGCCCGGACAGCGGCCCACAUACGCUCAGUAGAAAGCAUUUAUCUCAUUGUACACUCUAUUUUAUUCAUGUAUAUCCAUUAGAAUAGAUUAGAUACCAUUUAUUAGCCAUUUAUUGGCCUUUUAUUGUAACUGGGCCAGCCAGGCCCAAGCCUGGAAGCCCAGCCCUCUUUUCUCCUAUAAAUACUCCCUAUGGGAGCCAUGUAAAGGAUGGGAUGAUUAAUUGAAAUUCAUUAUACAUAUCACUUUAUCUCUCUAGCUCUCUCUUCUCUCUAGAAUUAAUACUCUAUUAUAUGGUGCUUUCAUUGAGAGCUUAGACAGAUCAAGUGAGAUCCUCCCCAACCAACAAAACUCCACGUGAAUAAACAAAGGGUACACCUCGGCCCAAGUAGAGGCAACAUGUACUCUCGGCCAAAGUGAGGAACUCCCACCACCGGCAGACCAAUGUUCACCUCGGGUAAAACUAAAAGAAAAAGGAAUAGAUACAUAAAGGCACAAAGCUGGUGGGACCCUCGGCUCAUGAUCAUCAUUCAAAUUCCUGCAUGAGGAAAGCAAUGUCUUCGGCCAAGAAUCUCCUCAGCAAACCAAUAAGCAUCCUGCAGCACCUCUUCGGCCAAGUUGGUGAAGCUAGUGGCGUAAAAAAAAAACUGAAGCCACUCAAAUGCUGCAGCACAUCUCAUGUCAGCAGCACACCAUCGGCCAAACAAUUGAGGGAGCUAGGCACCGGCCGGCAUACAACGGCCAGCAUGCAUCGGCCAGCAACAUUCCGGCCACGACGCAUCGGCUGGCCACACCAUCGGCCGGCAUACCCCGGCCAGAACGCCUCGGUCGUGGCUCAUCGGCCAGCAACACAGCGGCCAAGCAAAGCUUCUCAGCUCCCCUCGUCCACAUUGGCCCCUCGGCCAGUGCAGCAAACUCGGUCAAACUCAGACAAGAAAAAGGAAAAAGCUGUCCCACGUCCAGCAGUCCGCCUCGGCCGAAUGGGGCCCUCAUUUUCUUAGCAUGAGGGAUCCUCUUCGGCCUACACGAUUCAAGCGGUGGAACAGCAACAAGGGAGGCAGAGUGGCAGACUACCCCUCGUCUUAGACGGAGGAAUAGCAGUUCCUUCGGCCAAGAUCCAACACUCCGGGACAACAAAGAGGAAGAGCACCUCGUCGGCCGGCACCUCAUCGGCCGGCACCUCAUCGACCGGCACCUCAUCGGCCGGCACCUCAUCGGCCGGUACCUCAUCGGCCGGCACCUCAUCGGCCGGCACCUCAUCGGCCGGCACCUCAUCGGCAGUGCACCAUCGCUAAAAACAAAAAAAAAUAUGGGUCCCAGAAGCUAAGCAUCGGCCAAAAAAGGUCCACCUCGGCAGGCGACGGCAUCUGGCCAGAUAUGAUCGGGAUCACCUCAGCCCCCUUCGGCGUUCUAUCUUGAAGGCCAGAACCCCUUCGGCGCAGUGGGAGCAUCGCCCAUCGGGAAGGCCACCUUCGUCCGAGGUCCCGUCAGUGCAAAAUCAGCUGACCCUCGGCCAUAGGGGGGACCCUCGGCCAUCUCAUCGCCCAUGGCUAUCAGCGGCGGCCAAGAAAGUGAACCACCUGGACCUCGGCGCCCCUGGACGCAGCCUUCCACCUUGACAUCGCGGCGGCCAGUUCAAGGCACUACUUCGGCCCAAUUGCUCCCCUGCGGAUGAAAUUAACGACGGGGCAAGAUUCGGGACCAGUAUUUCAGUUGAAUGGGCCAGUACAAUAUGGGCCAGCUGUUUAAUCUCCAGGGUUGGAUUCCUAAAGUGCAGGCCCAAUCUUAUAUUUCCCUGCUUGAAUUCUAAGCAGGGCAGGCUUCGGCCCAAAUACAAGUAAGUCUCACAAACUUUUCCUCCUAUUUUAUGCAUUAAAUAUGGAGCAAAAUAGUUUUACCACUAUUAAAAAAAAUGUAUAGUUUUACUACUAUUUCCGGAAAAAAUAGUUUUACUACUAUUCCAAAGAAAGAAAAAAAUAGUUUUACUAACUAUUCAAAACAAAAAUAAUAAUAAUAAUAAUAAUAAUAAUAAUAAUAAUAAUUACUACCGUUAUUAUUAUUAUCACCGUUGCUAGCGGAUUAAAAUCUCCAAUUGGUGCGGGCCAAAGCCUUAACCUUCCGAACGUCUUUAUUUGAUGAUUCGGAUUAUAUUUGGGUCCCUUGACCUACCAUGGUCAUCUUUAUUUGAUGACCCGGACAUCUAGAAUGAGAGCCAUCAUCGGCCGUACACAGCAUUAUGCCUAGAAGCGGUACACCUCAUUCCCCUACACGCUCAUUGCGUCAUCCUAAAGCCGUCGCAAUAAACGACGCACCCAAAGCUGUUGCAAUAAACAACGCACUCAAAGCCGUUGCAAUAAACAACGCACCUAAAGCCGUCGCAAUAAACGACGCAUCCAAAGCCGUUGCAAUACACAACGCACCUAAGGCCGUUGCGAUCCACAACGCGCCUACAAAGCCGUUGCAAUAAACAACGCACCUAAAUAUCGUAUCGGCACAAGCGGUGAAACACCCAAAUCGGCCGGCGAUAUGCAGGACGAAGGACCUGUGUGCAUGGUCCAACGUCUUCAAACGGAGAAGCAUACCGCGUCGUCCGCGCGGAAACCGCAGGACGACAGGCCUGAAUUAAGGCUGAGGUUACAAAAACUCCACCCGUCAGUAAAAUUUCGCUCAGGACCACAAAGGGCGGCCGUCAAAAGACGAUGCCUAGUCCGGUCCCUCGUCGCCGAUAGACGUGGAAAGGCAAAAAAGGAUGCCACUGACACACCAAGCCGAGGGCGUAUUUACUCCCUCGCACUAACACACGCGAAAAGCGUAGCGGACAAAAUACCGCACAUGGACGAAGGGACAGUAACCCUUCGGCCAUCCAAAAAAAAAAAAAAAAAAAAAAGAGGGAAGCCGACGGACCGCGCACUUGCCGGUCUCGAGCAAUAAAAAUAAAUAAAUUCCCGAACUUAUUAUUCAUCUCAAGACCGGCUCCCAAUGCCGAAGCUCUUGCUCCAUCAGCUUAUGAACGGCCUCCCCAACGCCGUCAUACUUUUAUAUGACGAUCGGCUCAUCAUCGCCUCGUCAUCAUCCGGAUCGGCUCAUCAUCAUCGCCAUCCGUUCUUCACGAUCGGCCCCUCGGCCACGACGUGAUGCUUUAUCUCAAGACCGGCCUCCUUAGCGCCAAGUGUCUUGAGCUAGCGACCGGGCUCGCCAUUCCCCUCCUGGAUGGCGACCGUCGCUUCCUAUGACGAUCGGCUCAUCAUCGCCUCGUCAUCAUUAUUCGGAUCGGCUCAUCAUCAUCGCCAUCCGCACAUCACGACCUGCCUCCCAGCCUUGGCGUGAUUAUUUCUUCUCAGAGACCGGCUUAUCAUUGCCAAGUGUCCUGAGCUAGCGACAGGGCUCAUCAUCCCUUCCUGGAUGGUGAUCGUCGCCUUUAUAUGACGAUCGGCUCAUCUCCGCCUCGUCAUCAUUAUUCGGAUUGGCUCAUCAUCAUCGCCAUCCGCACAUCACGACCGGCCUCCCAGCCUUGGCGUGAUUAUUUCUUCUCAGAGACCGGCUUCUCAUCGCCAAGUGUCCUGAGCUAGCGACAGGGCUCAUCAUCCCUUCCUGGAUGGUGACCGUCGCCUUUAUAUGACGAUCGGCUCAUCUCCGCCUCGUCAUCAUUAUUCGGAUUGGCUCAUCAUCAUCGCCAUCCGCACAUCACGACCGGCCUCCCAGCCUUGGCGUGAUUAUUUUUCCUCAAGACCGGCUUCUCAUUGCCAAGUGUCUUGAGUUGGCAAUCGGGCUCGCCGUCCCUUCCUGGAUGGCGACCGUUGCCUCUAUAUGACGAUCGGCCUUCACAUCGCCUCGCCAUCAUAUGUUGGACCGGCUCAUUAUCGCCGUCGUCCUUACAUCGCGUCCGGCCUCUCGGCUAAGGCGUGAUACCUUAUCUCAAGACCGGUCUUAGUCAUCCCUUCCCAGAUGGCGACCGUUGCUUGGAUUUUCGGAUCGGCUCAUCAUCAUCGCCAUCUGCAUGUCACGAUCGGCCCCCCCGGCUUCGACGUGAUGAUCUAGCUCAAGACCGGCUCCCUUAGCGCCAAGUGUCUUGAGCUAGCGACUGGGCUUGCUAUUCCCUUCCGGGAUAGCAACCGUCGCCUCUACAUGACGAUCGGCUCAUCUCCGCCUCGUCAUCAUCAUUAUCCGGAUCGGCUCAUCAUCAUCGCCAUCCGCACAUCACGACCGGCCUCCCAGCCUUGGCGUGAUUAUUUCUCCUCAAGACCGGCUUCUCAUUGCCAAGUGUCUUGAGUUGGCAAUCGGGCUCGCCGUCCCUUCCUGGAUGGUGACCGUUGCCUCUACAUGACGAUCGGCUUCAUCAUCGCCUCGUCAUCAUUAUCCGGAUCGGCUCAUCAUCAUCGCCAUCCGCACAUCACGACCGGCCUCCCAGCCUUGGCGUGAUUAUUUCUCCUCAAGACCGGCUUCUCAUUGCCAAGUGUCUUGAGUUGGUAAUCGGGCUCGCCGUCCCUUUCUGGAUGGUGACCGUUGCCUCUACAUGACGAUCGGCUUCAUCAUCGCCUCGUCAUCAUUAUCCGGAUCGGCUCAUCAUCAUCGCCAUCCGCACAUCACGACCGGCCUCCCAGCCUUGGCGUGAUUAUUUCUCUUCAAGACCGGCUUCUCAUUGCCAAGUGUCUUGAGUUGGCAAUCGGGCUCGCCGUCCCUUCCUGGAUGGUGACCGUUGCCUCUAUAUGACGAUCGGCCUUCACAUCGCCUUGUCAUCAUAUGUUGGACCGGCUCAUUAUCGCCGUCGUCCUUACAUCGCGUCCGGCCUCUCGGCUAAGGCGUGAUACCUUAUCUCAAGACCGGUCUUAGUCAUCCCUUCCCGGAUGGCGACCGUUGCUUGGAUCUUCGGAUCGGCUCAUCAUCAUCGCCAUCCGCACAUCACGAUCGGCCCCCCGGCCUCGACGUGAUGAUCUAGCUCAAGACCGGCUCCCUUAGCGCCAAGUGUCUUGAGCUAGCGACUGGGCGUGCUAUUCCCUUCCGGGAUAGCAACCGUCGCCUCUACAUGACGAUCGGCUCAUCUCCGCCUCGUCAUCAUCAUUAUUCGGAUCGGCUCAUCAUCAUCGCCAUCCGCACAUCACGACCGGCCUCCCAGCCUUGGUGUGAUUAUUCCUUCUCAAGACCGGCUUCUCAUCGCCAAGUGUCUUGAGUUGGCAAUCGGGCUCGCCGUCCCUUCCUGGACGGUGACCGUUGCCCCUACAUGACGAUUGGCCUAUCAUUGCCUCGUCAUCAUAUCUCGGACAUGCUCCUCAGCAUCUUCGUCCUCACAUCACGAUCGGGCCCCUCGGCCACGACGUAAUGCUUUAUCUCAAGACCGGCUCCCUUAGCGCCAAGUGUCUUGAUCUAGCGAUUGGGCUUGCUAUUCCCUUCCGGGAUAGCAACCGUCGCCUCUACAUGGCGAUUGGCCUAUCAUUGCCUCGUCAUCAUACAUUGGACCGGCUUAUCAUAGUCGUCAUCCUCGCAUCGCGGCCGGCCUCUCGGCCAAGGCGCGGUACCUUAUAUCAAGACUGGUCUUAGCCAUUCCUUUACUGGGUGGCGACCAUUGCAUGGAUUUUUGGGUCGGCCCCUCAGUGCCGAUCAUGGCAGGCCCUCGGCCUCGACGUGAUCAUAUUCCCCAAGACCGGUCUCAGUCAUUCCUUCAUCGGAUGGCGACCGUUGCUUGGACGUUUGGCUCAGCCUCAUAGUGCUGACGACCUCGCAUCACGAUCGGCCCCCCGGCCUCGACGUGAUGCCCUAUCUCAACACCGGCUUUAUCGGCGCCAAGUGUGUUGAGCUAGCGAUCGGGCUCCCCAUCCCUUCCUGGAUGGUGACCGUCGCCUCUACAUGACGACCGACUCAUCUCUGCCUCGUCAUCAUUAUUCAGAUCGGCUACCCAUUAUCGCCAUCCUUAUAUCACGACCGCCGCCCCGGCCUCGGCGUGAUGAUCUAUCUCAACACCGGCUUCAUCAGCGCCGAGUGUGUUGAGCUAGCGAUCAGGCUCGCCAUCCCUUCCUGGAUGGUGACUAUCGCCCCUACAUGGCGACCGGCUUAUCAUCGCCUCAUCAUUGUUAUUUUGGAUCGGCUCCUUAUCACGGCCGUCCUCACAUCACGAUCGGCCCCUAGGCCACGAUGUGAUGUCCUAUCUCCGAGACCGGCCUCUCAUUGCCGAAUGUCUUGGGUUAGCGAUCGGGCUCGCCAUCCCCUCCUGGAUGGCGACCGUUGCCUCUAUAUGAUGAUCGGCUCAGCAUUGCCUCGUCAUCGUAUCAUCAGACAGGCGUCCCACGCCCCGUCCUCAUAUUCAGAGAGGCGUCCAACGCCUCGUCCUCAUAUUCAGACAGGUGUCCAACGCCUCGUCCUCAUAUUCAGACAGGCGUCCAACGCCUGGUCCGCAUAUAUUCAGACAGGCGCCCAACGCCUCGUCCUCACAUUCAGACAGGCGCCCAACGCCUCGUCCUCAUAUUCAGACAGGCGCCCAGCGCCUCAUCCUCAUAUUCAGACAGGCGUCCAACGCCUCGUCCUCAUGUUCGGAUCUAGCAAACAUCUUGCGGUCUCCGGCUCAGAGACUAAAGGAUCUCAGAUCUCAUCUAUAGGCCCCUCGGCCACAUCUUGCUCUAGCAUCUUUAUUUGAUGACGAAGGGCUCUCAUACAGGCCCAUCGGCCAUAUAUCUUGCUCUGUCAUCUUUAUUUGAUAACGAGAAGCUCAUCUAUAGGCCCUUCGGCCAUAUACCGCUCUGUCAUCUUUAUUUGAUGACGAAGAGCUCAUCUACAGGCCCAUCGGCCAUAUACCGCUCUGUCAUCUUUAUUUGAUGACGAAGAGCUCAUCUACAGGCCCAUCGGCCAUAUAUUAUUCUGUCAUCUUUAUUUGAUGACGAAGAGCUCAUCUACAAUCCCAUCGGCCAUAUAUUAUUCUGUCAUCUUUGUUUGAUGACGAAGAGCUCAUCUACAGGCCCAUCGGCCACAUAUCAUUCUGUCAUCUUUAUUUGAUGACGAGGAACUCAUCUAUAGGCCUCUGAGCCAUAUCUCGCCCCGUCGUCUUUAUUUGACGAUGUGGAGCUCUUAUCCAGGCCCCUCGGCCACACAUCGCCCCUUCGUCUUUAUUUGACGACGUGGAGCUCUCAUAUAUGCCUCUCGGCCACUACUCCCAGUCAUCUUUAUUUGAUGACGUGGAGCUCACAUCGGCCCAUCGGCCUCAUAUUCUGGUCAUCUUUAUUUGAUGAACCAGACAUCAUAUUAUGGACGGUCUCUCGACCCAUCCCUUAGUCAUCUUUAUUUGAUGACUAGGACUACUGAUCAUGACGAGCUACCCACAUCUAUGGAUCGGCCUCUGCCAUCCCCUCGGCAGACGGACACCGCUGCAGCUCCACCUCUAGGCCGAAGGGCUCACACCUUUUGUUUCGUUCUGGGGGCAUCCGAUGUACUCUUUUUCCCUCAUUAGGAUUUUUUCCCACAGGGUUUUUCCUAAUGAGGUUUUUAACGAGGCAUCUCCCCAUUGUGGAUCAAAAGGUGUCAACCCUCGGCCCCCGUUGAAGACAUCAUCAGACAGGCAUUACUUUACUCCUCUUCACCUCAUUACACUCGCCUCAAGGAGUGGGGGACUGGGAGAGCGGGGGACUUAGCGCCUCCACCAUCGAAAAAGCACAAAUUCAAAAUUUUUGCAAGGAUUGCCACACGCACCGACGACAUCAUCAUAUCACAUACAUAUUCAGCUGCCACAUCGGCCAGCACAUAUACAUAGCUCCCCGGUCUCAAGACCGGUGGUGAUGAGGCCUUCGGCUGAGGAUUCUCCCACAGGGUUGCCUCGGCCAGGGCUCGCCAAUGGGAUCGGAUCAUAGGCUUGGGAAUCCAGACGAAGCGCUUCGGCGACGACAGCGGUUUACUCACCAAACGACGACAGAUCAGCACACAGUUCUACUCUCUUUCGCCUCGAGUACUCUCGACUCAGAGAGUGGGGGACUCCUGAUAGAGUAUAUAGACUCGGACCCCCGGGUCUCACGACUAUUGGGCCCGGACAGCGGCCCACAUACGCUCAGUAGAAAGCAUUUAUCUCAUUGUACACUCUAUUUUAUUCAUGUAUAUCCAUUAGAAUAGAUUAGAUACCAUUUAUUAGCCAUUUAUUGGCCUUUUAUUGUAACUGGGCCAGCCAGGCCCAAGCCUGGAAGCCCAGCCCUCUUUUCUCCUAUAAAUACUCCCUAUGGGAGCCAUGUAAAGGAUGGGAUGAUUAAUUGAAAUUCAUUAUACAUAUCAC